GACCGACAAAGAUAAGGCGGCGCAUGGAAGAAGGAGUGCCACGUCAGAUGAACCGGGUCCGGAAUUGAACCGCCCCACAACUCGGUUCCCCUACUCUCAACAUAUAUCUCAUGAAUCUCACUGUGCUUUGCCGCCUUGCCCCUGAGUUGCGAAAUACGGCGAAUUCUCCAUGACAGGUACGGAAUCGGAGCCUCGCCUCCGCCGUGGUGUGUCCUUGCCUUUGUACAAGCAGAAUUCCUGGUCUCCGGACAUCCUUCGAGAUGAGGCGUGGAGUAAUCGCCAGAGAAAUCAUCGACUCCGGCGAGGCCAAAGCGUCACCGACGAUGACCUCGAGGAGCUCCGCGGAUGCAUAGAUUUAGGAUUUCGAUUUGAUUCGCAGGAAGUAGAUCCGAAGCUUUCCUCUACUUUCCCUGCACUCGAGUUUUACUGUGCUGUGAAUCGAAGUAACAACUUGUCCAGAUCGUAUUCGGCGAUGUUUGCCGACGGCGAAUCAGAGCGAUUAACCGCGGGAAGCCCUAGGUCAAUUGUCGAUCCAGGUGAUGAUCCGGCGAUGGUGAAGACGAGAUUGAAGCAGUGGGCGCAGGUGGUGGCGUGUUCUGUGCGCCAGUCUUCGUCAAACUCAUUGUGAUUCAUGCCACUACUUACAAGCAAAGGGGAAUCAGAUAAUAAAACUCUAAAUCUGUACAUAUUCUAACCUUUUACUUAACUACUUUUCCAUUUUGAAUUGCUUUUGCAAUUGAGCUUCUGGAUUCAUAUCCGCUGGUCAGUGCUUAUAAAUUCAGAAAAGUCACCAUCAUAGUUGAAGAUAAUGUAAAUUAUUCUUCCCAAUU